CGAUCAGCUGAUUCACCGGCAGCAUGAGGCGGUGGUGGCGGACCGGGGCGACCUUGGUGGUCGGAGCGGGACUCGGAGCGUCGGCAAACCGCCUGCUGAGCGAUGGAGGCCUGCGUGAGAAGGAGCAGGGAGCUGGUCCGCUGAGCCGGUUCCCGGUGAUCCCGGUACCGGGAGUCCCGACGGUGGAGGCUUCCGAGCUGCAGGUGAGUCCAGGUAACUCAGGAGCGGUGAUGAAGUACGGCUUCCCUUCACUGGCUAACGUCAAGACCAGAGAAUCCUACGUCACCUCCUACGACCCCCGCACACGCACUGCAUCCUGGGUAAUAGAGCGGCUAAAUCCUGCCUCCCUGAGCGGACAGUCCAACAGGAAGUACUGCGAGUUCAAAGAAGACGACAGCGUUCACAUUUUCCACCGAGCGACCAAUGCUGAUUACAAGGGGAGCGGCUUCGACAGGGGUCACCUGGCUGCAGCAGGCAAUCACAAGUGGAGCCAAAAAGCCAUGGAGGACACGUUCUACCUGAGCAACGUGGCUCCACAGAACCCUCACCUGAACCAGAACACCUGGAACAACCUGGAGAAACUCUGCCGCUCUCUCACCAAACGCUACCUCAACGUCUAUGUCUGCACUGGCCCGCUCUACCUGCCCAGGCAGGAGGCUGAUGGGAAAUUCUAUGUUCGAUAUCAAGUGAUAGGACAAAACCACGUUGCUGUGCCAACACACUUCUUCAAGGUGCUGAUCUUGGAGCAGGGAGAUGGCAGGGGGGUGGAGCUUCGCUCAUAUGUGUUACCAAACGAACCAAUCAGUGAGCAGGUUCCUCUGGAGCGGUUCCUGGUUCCCAUAGAAACCAUUGAGCGGGCGUCGGGACUCCUGUUUGUGCCGAACAUCAUGAAGAGGACGAGUGGCGUGUACGCCAUCAGCGAAAGAUGAACCAUGUUACCCACAAUCCUCUGCUUCAGACUGUGUUAAACCUUUAAUCGAUUACAGAUCAAUAAUCUCUGAAUGUGUGUUCAUGAAUGCCUAUCAUUGAUUAAAUAUUGAUAAACUUUAUUUUAAUUCAA